GAAACUUUUGUCGACGACUCCACCGUUGAUUUCGUUGGACAGACUGAAGAGUCCGCGAUGCAGAUCUUCGUAAAAACCCUUACGGGUAAAACCAUCACUCUCGAGGUCGAGUCUUCGGACACGAUCGACAAUGUCAAGGCCAAAAUCCAGGAUAAGGAGGGCAUCCCCCCCGACCAGCAACGUCUCAUUUUUGCUGGAAAGCAGCUUGAGGAUGGCCGCACUCUUAGCGACUACAACAUCCAGAAGGAGUCGACCUUGCACCUUGUGUUGAGACUCCGUGGUGGUGCCAAGAAGCGUAAGAAAAAGACCUACAACACCCCCAAAAAGAUCAAGCACAAGCGCAAGAAGGUCAAGAUGUCCAUCCUGAACUACUACAAGGUGGACUCGGACGGCAAGAUCAAGCGUCUUCGUCGUGAAUGCCCGACUGCCGAGUGCGGUGCUGGUAUCUUCAUGGCGUUCCACCAAGACCGUCAAUACUGCGGCAAGUGUGGCCUUACGUACACCUUCGCUGCUGGCUCGAAGCCUCCAACUGCAUGA